AUGGCGAUCAACGGUAUUCGAGGUGGACGGAGAGACGACGAUUGGUGCGGUCCAGGUGCUACAAUUGGUCCGAAGGUGCCCAACGAGUCCAGUUGGCGCCGGGUAUGUCCGUUGACACCGUUGACACGUUGGAGGCCGUUGGGCGUUGCGUUGUGAGGGUGGUGGUGACGGCAGUCGAGGGUUGAAUGUCUUACGUUUGGCUUUGGCGGCGGCGGCGAUGCGGUUAGCUUCGUAAAUUGCUGCACCUGCCUUCACUGUUCUCCUCCACGAAGGUCAUUCCCGGGAGAGGUCUUCCCAGCUUCAGUGAGAUUUCCAGAGUAUAUUUGUGGCGCCUGACUUGACCUCCUUCUCGGCGUGAACCCGUCGCGACAUCUCCAUAGAAGGGUCGUUCGGGUAGCCUCUCGUCAUCCAUCCGUACGAGGUGGCAUCCCCAGCGCAGUUGUAGUUGUCUCAGCAUGUCGUAGAUGCUGAGGACUCCCAUCGGUUCCAGGAUUUCCGUGUCAGGGAUCCUGUCCUGCCAUCUCAGCUUCAGUAUUCGACGUAGACAAGUGAGGUGGAUGUGCUUGAGUCUUUGUGCCUGCUUCGUAUUCACCGUCUAGGUCUCUGCUCCACACAGCAGCGUCGGCAGGAUGAUUUUCUUGUACAUCUUCAGUUUUGUGCUGAGUUGAAGACCGUGGCGAUUCCAAACUGAUCUUCUGCUUAACAAUCAAGUCAGGAUCAGGAUUUUCAUUUGCACAAGCCUUCAUGCUCUCUCCCUCUCUUUCUCUUUCUCUCUCUCUCUCUCUCUCUCAGCCGAUAAUUUUCUAAAGGGCCGAGGCAGCAGCAGCUCGGGAAGAACACUAUACAGAGCUCCACCUCAAUAGCAGCCUUUCAAGCAGUCCAAACCCAAAAAUCCAACCGCUCAGAAUGGUCUUCCGUCCAAUCAGUAUGCUUGAUAUCUAACAUCAGUUAUAGCCUACCAAAAACUUCAGCUGACCCGAGUGUGAGAAGCUCGACGAUCACAGUGACUAAAGCUUGAGUACAGCUAAGUCUCUAACCACCACCGGAGCUGUGAGACACCGAUCGAAAGCCUUGAGUUUAUUCAUGCCUUUGUCGUACCUCCUCUAGUUAAUAACUGUUUGACUCUCGUGAUAGGCCCCAAAUCAAAAGAAAACACGCACAUUCAGUCCUGCUAUCUGGUCAGAGCGCAAUGUUGCGUCUGCCAUUAAAUUUUCUUGCUUUCGCUCAGUGCUAUGACGAACUACUUUACCGAUCUUCAUACGGUGGGGUUUUUAUGCCUAAUGUAAACUCCGAGGUCGCUGUUGUUGACUAGGACUUUCUUAGGCGGAAAACGAUCGCAUCGCGUGACUCCGAUUAGGUCGGGUAAAAGGACCCACGGAUGGAAGCGAAUAUGCGAAUCCCAGGUUCUUGUUGUAAAGAAGACGAACACACGAUCUCUGGGACAGUAGGUGUAUUAGUCUGAGCUUUCGGUCUCGUACAGGAGGCCAUCGUCAGAGACUGUGAGAAUGCGACAUCAAAUGAGCGCUUUUUGUAGUCAAACCAUGAAGUGGGGGGGAUAUGAGUGCAGCGGGUGGUAUUCGCGAUGAGUUGAGUCCCACGCCGUCUCACGGUGGCGUGACUGCGUGCACCCUUGGCUGGAAAUUGGGUCUCGCCUCUUGGCCGCGGGAACGGAGCGCGUGAUAGCAGGGGGGCUAUGUCAACGCGCCUGUUGAUAGAGUUGGUGUCAGGCCCCUAGGCCUCGAACAGUUCUCGUCCUGUCUUAUUGUUGGCCCGCGCUACUAUCCGCGUGCUCGCGAAGUUGAAUUCGUGGCCUUUCUCCAGGGUGUGGGUGGCGAUCUGAGACAACGGGUCGCCUCUCCGAACCGCCCGUUUGUGCUCCGUUAUUCGUGAGCUAAGUCGCCGUCCGGUCUGUCCUGUGUAGUGGCGAGGGCAGUCCCGACAUGGGAUCUGAUAGGCGACACCCGAUUGUUCUCCCACGUCUAGGCCAUACUUCACUCGCAUUAGUUCGCCGCUCAUGGUCGCUGUCGGACGGUGAGCGAUACCCACACCGAGCUCUCCAACGAUACGUUCCGUCGCUUCGGACACGUUCUUUAUAUAUGGUAGGGGGUGCCAGAGUGUUGGUGGCUCUCCUCCGUUUGUUAGCCGUGGGCGCGUGCGGAGGCAUCGGCUGACAAAGCUGUUCGGGUAUCCAUUCCUUGCCAGUUGGUCCCGAAGAUGCCGGAGUUCUCGUACUCGUCCCUCUGGUACACUGCAGUGCGUCUUUACCCUUUGGAAGAGUGUCCUAACACAGCUGCGUUUAUGCGCCAUUGGAUGGUUACUGUGGUAGUUGAGAAUCGGAGUCGUGUUAGUCGUCUUUCUGUACACCGUGGACCUAAUUCGUGAAUCCGGAUUUCGCAGCAGAAGGAUCGAACGAUCUAUCCACUGUACCUUACGUUAUAAGUAUGGAGAGCGCUGCUGUUGGCAAGCCGACGUGAUCUGCUUGUUGUUGAGGGGAGUUCAGCAGACUGGAUAAAUAAUUAAAGGGCCGGCAAAAGAGGUUGUAGGCGAGUUUGACUUGCCCAUCAGCAAACAGUACGCCUUCUUGUAUACACGAGGUUAGUCCUAGUCUUCACAGGCUUGCCAUUUGCUAGAUACUUAAAAAUUGCAGCUCUUCCCUGAUUGCAAGCAUUUUUAGUGGCUAAGUGUGACCUCGCACGCGCCCUAGUCCCUGUUACUAGAUGUGAUGGAGACUAUAGCAAUGCAUGUAACUGCUACGGCGCGCAACUUAUCGAACGCAACAGUUACUUACCUGUCUAAAUACGUCAACCGCUUUGGUUAAUACCAUUCCAUAAUUACUUAACCUGUAAUGUAAUCGGAAGGCGCCAACAGAAACUACUAAUUGCCUGUUUCAAUAAGCUCUUGCUAUCCUCCAGUUUUGUCUACAUUUGCUUAGAUUUGUAGGCAUACUAAUGUAAUGGAUCGAGGUCACGUCAGCCCAUACGAUAGUCCGGCUGUUGGGGGACUAGGAGGUCUAUCGCCUUUCCACAAAGUGUGUCCAAGGAUGAUUUACGUUUUAAUUUCAAAAGAAAAGGAGACGUUCAUCGGGAGAGGUGUAUUGGAGGUCUGGCGUUUCGAGAAGACGUUUCUUCUACCCAUCUUCAGAGACUGAAAAGCCAUUCACACAGCUUUCCUUAUAUGGCGCACUUUGCUUGAUGGCUGGCCCGCCAAUGCCACCUGUGUGGCUGCAUCCGACCCGCAUGUCACCGUGACCUGAAUCCCGCCCGUCAUCCUCGGCCGCGGCGAUAAUUGACGGCUCCGAUUGUCCCGCGCCGUGACCGUCCCUCGUCAAGAAUGUCCGUAAAACCAUAUAGGGGGAGGUAAAUUGAUGUGGCGAUUGACAGAACAGUCGGUAGACAUCCAGGCUUCUUGCACCUGCCUUGCCGUAUGAUCAUCACCUCGGCCCACAAUUUUCAACGUUUAAAUUUGUUAAUAGCGAGUUAGACAUGCGCAGCAUCUACCACACACUCUCUUCCCCCAGUCGCCUUCCUCUGAUGCCAACACAGUUAAGGAGGUGAUCGUGAACACAGUGGCUGACAGAGCUAAACAGUUCGUCUUCGAGCACCACACGUGGCCUCGUCCCCAGUUUUUGUACCUGGCUACAGUAGGAGCCCCUCGGAUCUUGCGUUGGCGAGAAUGUCAUAGGGGUCAAAUUGAGGUCAAGGAGUCGCAAACUGACCCUCAAUCCUGCAAAUGACCGAAGAUCCCGUAAGAAGGUAACUUUAUGAGCACGACUAUUACAGUGUCAUUAAAGUUUGGAGCACAUCAGAUUUGUUAUAAUUCAAAGCAAGACAAGGGCAGGUAGGGUGGACUGAUGCCUUAGAAGCUUCAAUAUGAUACAGAUGAUUGUGAAGGCAUGUACUUGCGCCUAUAAGAGAUUAAUAAAUUAAUCUGGAAGGUAUGAUUGGCCUUGAAGAAGAAGACACGAUCGCUGGGACAAGAGCUUUACUGGCCUGACGUUUCGGAUUCCUGCUCGAACCCAUCAUCAGAGGCAAAAGCAGAUACGGGUGAUGAAGAUGGGUUCGGGCAGGAAUCCGAAACGUCAGACUAAAAAAGCUCCUGUCAAAGCGAUCGUGUCUCCUUCUUCAAGACUGCUUCCUGGGACUCGUCUCUUCUCUUCUAUUGGCUAUGAUUGGCCUUUUUAUUCACACUAUACUCCUUCAGUGGACAUCUUUUCCAGAUUUUUACUUCACGACACUAUCUCCGUGCGUAUGGCUUCUGUUUUGGGAAAAGAUGUAGAUUAUGUUUUUAUCCAUCCCUAAGUUGAAUACGUCUCAAGCUGUUUCAUAUACCCCACCGUACGCCCCUAAACAGGAGAAGGUAAUGACGGUGAAAAGAAACCCGUGGACGGUUGGUCAUUGAGUCAGUCUGCUUCCGAGUUCGUUCGCGGCCGCUACCCCCUACGACAUUACUGGGACCUUUGCGACACUCGUCUGCUGGUUGUGGAGGCCGCGGAACUGCCACCGGAACAUCCGGCUGCAGGCGGGGACCAUGACCACCCAGCUGCCUCUGCUGACUGUGACGAUGGCUUCGAGGUGCGACGACCUCGAUCUCAAAUUUCUUCACUGUCCGAAUGCGAUGGACAGAUUUCCACCAAUGGCAAGGGUUUCGACGCCUCUACCUCCGGCGGUCCGGUUAGUUUUUUUGGUCUUUCAAAGGGGACGGUUCUUCAACCCCUGCCAUCUACUCAUUACUUGCGUUUUUGCACUAGGGGAGACGACAAGGUGCGCUGGCUGGCUCCGGUCAAAAAUCGCGUGCCCUCAGGGUGACUGCCGCGAAGGUCAUGAAUGUUGUCGCCAUUUAACUAAAUUCCUAGCCAUUCUGCAUGUUAGACGUCGUCGGCUAGUGUGAUGUGAGGUCAUUUGCGAAGCCUUCUCCUCGUUAGUGGGUUACUUACUCCUUUCCGUAUACGUUCUCGUUAGGAUGAAUAUAUUCCAGAUCAAAUAUUCAUAUAAACUUUCAGACGGGCUCGGAAAAGGUUUGUUCCGAAAGUGACAAUCACUGCUUAGGGAAUAUUACAAUGAAGAAAAAUAAUUCGAAACAUGGAGAAAGAGUGGAGGUUGGCGAGCGAUGAAUGUAGCAUGUGCAUCAUAUCUGAAGGUGGAAACACUAAAACCUGGAGAGUUGGACAUUGAUUAAGGUGAACGAGGGACUAUUCAAGAACAGGGCCCAAUUCCUGAACAAAAUGUAUGAUAUAACACAAGCACAGGCAACCAUGCCUGAACCAUCAUUAGUUUAUAACCAACCAAAUGGCAGAUGAACAGAUAAAAGUGACGCAACGGAUGAGAAGCGCACCCGGGGUAUUAUAUCGUCGCAGUAGAACCGACACUCGUAUAAACGGAUACCACAGAAAACCCCAAGAACUCGAAUCUCAAACAAGUCACAUCUCUCAUCAUAUCUCACAAGUCACGUCAAAUCAACUCUAAGAAACAUACGUUAAGAUUUCUGAACACAAUUUUCUACGCCGAUGCAUGAGACAACAUUAGUAGAAAGGAAAGGAACCAGGUACUUCCAGUCAGAAGUCCGAACGCGAUACUAUUUGAACUCUGAUUUACAUUACAAAUGUGUCUGAACUCGACGAAAGGCACCUAAGGAAACACCGAACUCAAAUGGCUCAGUACGAACCGACGACUAUUUACGCAUCCAGCUUGUGCACUCUAAGCACGGAGUUAUAUAUGAUGGUGUUUAUUGUAAUCAGACUGAAAGACCCACCUCUACACGGAUCCAGUGCCUCCCUGAGAUUUAUAUACGUGACAUCCAACUCGAUGUACCGGUUGAUCUACGAUCCAUCCGAGUGCAUUGGCUCGAGGAACUCUCGACCUCUCUUAAAGGGGCAGCCGGCGCAAUCCAAGUUCUUUGUGCUCUGUCUGCAGGGUUUACAUUUCUACCUAAGCAUGUGUUCUCGCCUGUUCACCGCUCACUGAUGUUCGUGAAUGCCUGUGGAUGCGGGUCUUCUAGCCUGAACACAGUAAACGGCGUCACAUGCACUACAGAGUAUCUUGCAGACGGCCUCUUUUUUGUGUAAAUAAGUAACCCUCUGCUUACAUUGUACAAGCUGGAUGUGUAAGGUAGUCGUCCCUUUGUGCUUCAUUUGAGUUUGGUGCUUUCUUAGAUGUCUUUCAACAAGUUCAGUCACAUUUUAAUGUAAGGAAGAAUUCGCCAAGUAUAUAUAUAUUAUUUUGGAAGUGUGUCUACCGAUCGGUUUGCGGGACAUGCUUGUUCCUUUGUAGUUUGACGCGCAGUGUGGAACCCCAGAGGCAGUCGCACAGCGACUACUAGUAAAGGCGAGAAAUUGGCAAACGCGUCUCCCUUGUCUUUGUCAGUAAUGCCCAUCUGCCUAUCGAGACUGUAUAUUGAGCCCUUAAACACAGCGGAACCAGCCUGUCCCUUAACCCGAUCGGUGAACGCACUUCCAGCAUCCCGGGCGACAGGAAAAUGACACAUUAGUACAGCGUUAUACUUAAUAACGAUCGAUAACUCAGGGGUCCCGGCUAGAGGUCAUAUGCAGCAAACGCAUCAAGGUUGAUUCACGAGGGCUAAUAAGCCAAAAUUAGUCAUCCCAGUCUUCCCUUUCUUUGCCAGUCAUCGCUGUCUGCCUGCAAAUAUACAUAAAAGUGGGCGGAGAAAGUGCAUAAAUGGCGAGGCAGCCCUGAAAACUCUGUCUUUUAAAUCAGACGACAGUCAGCAUUGCAAGAAAAAAAUACCGUGGGACCAGAAUAUUUUCCUUGAAUGAUGACUGCCAGUCGCCAUUCCUCCUCCUGAGUGGAAUGUAGACCCUCAUUGUAAGGGCACGGUGGCAGCGUUCCUUUUAGUCUUUGAUCAGUGAACGCCAUCGUCAUGUAAUUACAGUAGAUCUGCUAUCUCAUUAAAUGUUUUGAAGUGCGUUUUCGACUUGAAACGAUUACUUAGGUAGGGUUAUAAUAGUAAUUAUCGUACAGCAUAAUUCCAAAAUAUUUCAAUCACUCCGGGAUAUCAGCUUUUGUAUGAAAGCUUUUUUGGUCGCCUGCAAAAAGUGUGCUCUAUAAAUAGCAAUCACUUGAGUAGCAUGAACUUUUCUCAUUGAUUUUCGAUGCUCAUUUGGUAACAAAUUGCAUUUCACUCAAAUUUUGUGCUCGAAGGAAGAGUAUAAUUAAGUUUUAAAAAACGUUUUAAUUGUAAGUUCUUUUAAGACCGUGAAAUUCCUGUUCAUAAAACAUCGUGUUUCUGCAUUCACUAAUGCUGCUUGUAAAUUUCACAAAAUUUUGGUUAAAAGUUCAUGCGAUAGCACAUCUACCGCAAGUAUUCCCAAUACCAGCCAACAUGACGCGAGUCGGUUAGUGCAGUAGUGAGGGUGUUGGUCUGGAACCUCGAGUUUACCGCCCGCAGCACUGGCUGAUGACGGCAAAUCAGCUAGAAAUGGCCAUUCUAGUGCCCCUGUCUUUUUCGGUGAAUCGUCACUGUUAGUGAAUGAAUUUGAACGUCAAAGUUGCUGUUGAUUCUUAUGGGGUAUCCUCUCCCCCUCUACUCAUUUAACAAAGUACGCUAUUUCGAAAAUCCACCCUGCUGACCCCUGUAUUCGCUGAGCAGGGAUAGCUAGUUUCGCAACUUCUGUCGACUGAUGUCGUAGGAAAGUAUUCUACGUCCAACUGCGAGAACUGUUUACCAAACAAGGACUGGCACCUCUGCAAGGAGGUCCUUAUCCGUUAUAUCUGAAAAGGACGAACGAUAACUGGUGACUCUCAACGGCUAUUGCAUGGGAGCCAUCCCCAGGGUGAAGUAUGCUGCCUUUUAUUCGAACGGGCAGUCUGUCAUCAUUGCGUAAUGAUGGCCAAACCAACUGAAGCCCUACAAAAAACGGUCGAAAUGGUUGAGGAAAAUGCUCUGUCAUGUGUCCCAUGAGCAAAUUCGGUUCUUAGGUUCAUAGCCCUGCUCGCCACAGCUUGUCUUCGCACCCUUGAUAUCCAGGCUUCGCAAGUUCGAUCCACGGAUGUUAGCUUUUCAGCACCGACAUUAACACAUGGGACAUUGGACAAGUUUACUAGAUCGUUCAUGAUACCCGCCAAGUCUAACAGUAACAGAGGUAUUAAUAAUCGUCAGGUGGUAGUGGCGGUAUUGUCAGCUUCUCAGUUGCACCAUUACUAUUAUUAUUAUUAUUGUUUGAAUGAUGUCAGUACUAGCCGCUGAUGUGGUCGGGGACAUUCUCCGUCAGUUGCUGCUCCCGUAACUCCGGUUCCAUCCUCUUACUGAGACCAAUUUUGGGACGAUUCGUUCAUGGCCUUCCUUGCAACUACGUCGGCAGCAUCAGUAAUAUUAUUCACGGAAUAACAUUACCGACAAAGACAAUGGAGACCGGGAUGGCCAUUUCUGGCUUAUUAGCCGUCGUCAGUCAGUCAUCCCAAUCCCGAAAUGUGGAGCACCUGUGGCUCGAUCCUGCGACCUAUUGUUUGGAGGCACAACGCCUCUAAUCACUGAGCCACGAGCCCGUUCGGGUAUAUACAAUACAUGAAAUACAAUAUACAAUAUUGCAUUUGAUAACGGUGGAAGUAGUAGUAUUAUUGGUGGUACUAGUAGCACUUACCGUAUUAAUGGUGGCGGGAGUAGUGGUACUGACAGCAGCGGCAAUAAUGACCUUUACAGUAUUGGUACUACUAGCAGCCCUGUCAUUAGUAGUAUUAUUGGUGGUGUUGACAGCGGGAGUGGUAGAAGUAGUAGCGGCAGUAGUAGUAGUAGUAGUAGUAGUAGUAGUAGUAGUAGUAGUAGUAGUAGUAGUAGUAGUAGUAGUAGUAGUAGUAGUAGUAGUAGUAGUAGUAGUAGUAAUAGUAAUAACAAUAAUGGUAGUAGUAAUAGUAAGUUAAGAUUGAUCUGUCCUGCACUUUCAUCUAGAUCUAACCAUCCGCCGACGACUUUCUGAAUAAUAAUUUCCUUUGUCUUCUAGAUGAGAAACGUCAUUGUGUCCUUCUUUGUCAGCCAUGAGCAGGACCGGAUGAUUGUCCAGGAGUACUUUUUCCUGGGUUCACACCAUACUGCUCUCAUCGGUCUGGAGGUGCCCUACUUUUACUUCGCCGUUCGUGUGAGUCCUCUAAUCUAGGCAAUAUGUUCACGCUUUAACUCCGAAGUACCUGUUUUCCCUCCGAUUUUCAUUUCAGAUUUGCCCUUCUACUUUGUUGUUAGUAUUUUUCCUUUCCAGAUUAACUGAAAUAAGCGUUUUGUUAAUGCUGGAUAUAACAUCUGAUCCCUGACUCUAAGCUAUUGUUUGUGCUCUCGGAUGUAUGAAUUAAUUAAUAAACAUGAAACGACAGUCCGCAAAUGUACGAUUUCGGCUACAGUGGUACCCGGAAUUCAUGGGAGUUGGGUAUCUAUACUCUCCCGAGAAUUUUGAAAAUGAGAUGGACGAACAAAGAUCUACUGACUUUCUAAAGCAACUAAGCUCCGCAUGGGUGGCAGAUGUAGCCAGGAGCGCAUAUAUGUGUUCCGGGUUCCGGCCGGUAAUCAAGCUUAUGAGUGGCUCAAUGAUAGCAGAAUAAGUCCGAAACAGUAGCGCAUCAAUAUACCUGCAUUCCCUGUCCUUGCUCCCAGCCUGUGUUUGUACCAAGUGAUCGCCCUGAUUGAAUUGAAAGACAAACCUCCCGCAUGCGAAAGACUAACGGUUGAUCACAUAUAGUAGAUACCUGCAACGCUCUGUAAUUACUAAUAACCGAAGUAUCGUACUAAGGCAGGUGACUGCGGAUCCAAACGUUGGCACACGGGAUUCGCACAGAUGUUCCUCUUACAAGCCUACCCAGACUUGGUGCGGCCUCAAUUAUAUCUAACCUAACCGUCGUUGACAAAGUCAAGAAUAGUAUAUCUUCGUGCGUUUUUAUUUCCGGCAACUGGUCUGCGGAGUUCACUUCACGCUCCUCUUCACCAACGGACGCCGAAUACCGACAUCGAAUCAUCAUCCCCAUUUUCUGAAAGACUUGCUGAACCAGGUUUUGAUUUAACCUCCUCAACAGCUCCAGAUAGAGAGCGACGGAAAACUUACGGAUUGGAUGACGAAGAAAGUCCCCAAAUCACCCCAGUCGUUUCUGCUGGAUGUCUUGAAAUAUCCUCGCGCUGUUGUCACAGCCAGUUCAGUCUGUCUCCUUUGAAACAAUGUUGGUGUGCUUCAGUCGCAGGACGACUCUCAGACAGCAGUGUUAAACUGCCUUGCGCUCAUCCAGUCAUAUGAGUCUCCUAGAGAUUUUCCAGCUCACCUGGCUGGGAACUGCAUUGAUUUUAGUUAUUUGCUGCCUCUUCCUUCGGUCUGAGAGUCAGAGUGAGAGUGGACUUCUGUGCACUGGCCUUCGGCUGUAUUCAGCUUUCUUAUUUCCAGGACAGCAGAUAUGACCUUCACCUGGCUGUCUUAAUUUCCUAUCUCACGUGUUUGACCUUGACAAACAUCGUUAUAGACAUAUAUAUACCUGGGAAGGAACGCUGCAUUUCGGUAGCAUUUGUCAAACCCAUUUUGGGCAAUGAUGACCGAAUACUCGCAUUACAGAAUCUUUUCACGUUUGCCAGUUAUGAAAAGGGUUUGUCUACUGAAGUGUUCUUAGUCUGUGACUAGCGCUCUGACGUGUACAGGGUUCCCUAAUUGAGAAAAGGGACCAUAUAGAUUUUCUGCAGCUCGCAGUAGUCGUCAGUUUUUCCUAAUCGCUAUGGCUUGUGUUUCAAAUAAGCGCCGUAGUGUGACAUUUAAAAGAUGUGUGAUAACAAUGAGACGCCUACUUAAGUACUCUUUCUCUUCCUUCUGGUAUGUUCAGCUUCGAGGAAGCCAUACGUUUCCAUUCCACUCACCAAUCGUCUUCCACAUUCACUCACAUUCUAUAUCAAUUUAUUUAUGUGGCAUUUCGCAAUCUUUUAACUGAAAGGCUUAAUGGGGCUAUAUAAUACUAACGUCCAAUCUCCAUCGUUUUCCCUAAGCCGGAUUUUGCACAGGCACUGAUGAACUCGCAGUCGUCGGUGCUGUCCGCAGAAACUUUGGAGAGCACGAAAGCCAACCCCGAUACUGGCUCCUUCUUGGCGGGGUCGGGGGACACGGCUGGGACAAACCCUGUCGUUAAGCUGCCCGGCGAUGAAGCUUUCCCCCAGGCUUCCUCAACCCCCACUUCAAAUCCCACUCUCUUUCACAUCAGCCGCAGGGUGAUGCGCGACUUUCAGGGCCUCGAAAGUGCCGACGCCAGUACAAAGGAGGCGAUGCUCAAUUUCAGCUUCUACUUGGCUCAGGGCGAGAUUGACGCCGCCUUCAAGUCAAUGAAGCUGAUUCGAAGUGCUGCUAUUUGGCAGGUAUAUUUGCGAACCUUUCAUUCUUCUGAUAUUAGCCUUCAUGUAUUAUUUUGAUUAAAUCGACAAUCUUUGAAUGCGUAUAGAUGCAAAAUUUCACCUAGGAAUAUAUUCAGUACUGCAUGUCAGUAGCUGUCUUUUUAUGCCAAUUUCGAGUAGCAUUUAGGCUGCCCCGUUGUUCGAAAGGAUUGAAACCUGACGCAAGGACCUCAUUGACAUGCCGACUGCCCGUCGGAAAAUUCGAGUCGUACUCGAAGGGCCAUCUAUCUUCAUCAUAUUAUCUUGGAAUGCAUACUUCCUCAGAUAUUCAGCAUAUAUAUACAUAUAUCAACGUGAAUGAAUCUUCGAGGUCCAGAUAAAUUAUCCCGUUCAUCAUCCCUAGAAGAAUACGAAGAAUAAAAAGGGGUAAGCGCUAAUGGGCACGCAGACCUUGCAGCGACUAUGACAGUCGGGCGGAAGACAGAGGUCACACGAGUGCGCCAAUGGUUGGCUACGGAGAUACCAAGGCCAAUUCUCAGCCAGAAUGCAGGUCAGAGUUCUUACAUCAAGCAUGCCUAUAAAACAAGACAGGCGGCGAGACAGAACAACUCCAGGCUAGCAGGAACAAACACCCCACCAUUCUGAUGAUGGAAACAAGGAAGCUUGCGAAACCUCAGCACAAAUACAAUGUAUUCCAUGGAAUCACCUCUUUUUCUUCUUCGUCUACUUUUGCGGAUGAUCACAAGGAUAUACAUACAUCAAGCUACUAACUAUGGAAAUUAUUAAGUGCAGGACAUGGAGUUAAGUCUCCGGAACAUGGCUUUUAGGGUCAGGCAUGAAACUUCAAUGAACACUCGAGUCGAAGACAAUGAACCACUGUGGAAUAACUGCGUAAUGCCAACUCUGCAAGCGAGUAGUACUACAAGUAGCAUGAAUUUUGUAUGCCAGAGGUGGUCGAUAUGUAUAUAUGGAGAAAGAACAAGUUUUUCGGGAACAAUCGAGUUGUACUCGAACAUGUUUCACUUAUGUUUCUGUUAAUCCACGUCAUGAAGUCGAACUCUAACAUUCAAACCCGUCAGCUGCCUUGUACAAAUGACUAUAGACCGUUGAUCUAGACCCAGAAACUAGCGCAUGACACCGACUCGCUUAUCUUUAGGGAUGCGCUGAUUCCAAAAAUGGAAACACAUGAAUCAGCUGUCUAAUAUGAUAAUUGAAAAACCUGGGUCCACACACCUUGUUCCAAAUUAUCAAUCCUCCCGUUUUCGUGUCUUUAUAAUCCGUUUCUGAACCUGGAUAACCCAACCAGUUUGCCCAAUCGCGGUUAAUUUUCCUUGUUUACUACAUCAACGACAGACAUACAUUAACUUUCCUCCAUGUUCAGCCUGAGUUUACAGAUUGUGGAAACGCAUUUGGGUAUCCCAGUUUUACUGUUAAGACUGUCCUCAAAAUUCCGUCAAAUAGCAUCGCUUGCGAUAAACGAACUACUACUUCGAGGUAUGAGAUCUUAAACUUGAGUCAGCCAAACUGAGACAAACCAAAAUUAUGGUCAGUGGAUAAGACGUUACGAGGUGAGUAUGUCAGGUGAAAACUUUUCUCCAAUAUACCUACAAGCCGCGUUAAACCGAGUUGACUUCGGCAUACUAAACCUCAGUAGUCUGCUUCCCUUAGCACCUUGCGGGAAUACGUCUCAGAAGCAUGAAAAAGCGAACUUGGUGGGAAACAUAGAAGGAAUGUUUAACAAACACGGUUUCUUAAACUGCCAUAACCGUUUUUAGAUGGACCGCCGAGGACACAGCGUUUGCUUAUAAUCAGUAGCGUUCUUUUAUUGCUUCUUUCCUGUUGAUCUUCUCCCCUCACCCAUCUUUCCCAGUUUUCCUGCCCACGUACUUCUUAGUUAUCCUAUGUUAAGAAACUUAUUCUAUUGAGGGACAUUUUCCUGAGAGGCAGGUUGAGUCACUAUGUCCUCACCAGCCUUGUGCUUGAGAUGGAUGCCCCACGAACGGAUUGCCCUGCAGACGUGUCAAAACAAAAAGCUGUUUGAACUACUCUCUGCGUGCGUUUAUCAGAUUGCGACGAGCCUACGCAACUCCUUAACUACUGUAAUACAUGGAUGUAAUGGGGCGCCUCAUUACACCGCGUCAGCCUAGGCACCCGACCGCAUCAACCGUUGAUUAACAGGUCGAGGCAUUCGACUGGUGCAUGACAGAAGGAAGAGUGAUAACCUCGCUGGGAAAUCCAUCUUCGUGACAAUUCAGCGUAUUCCUCACUAUAAUAAAUCUGAUGCACUUAAAUCUAUCGCUAAUUGUUGUCAGUCGUGGCUUGGGAGGGUGCUAACUAACAGGAUAAUUUGGACCUCCUAAUGAGUUUCUUGGCGGACUGAGAGACAGGCUACAAUGGCUUUUACGCAUGCGAGACCCGAGUCGUCCUUACAGUAGCCCGUGUGUGGGACGCGUAGACGGGUUAUUUAACAUUUUCAGCCACCGUUCUACGCCAACCUCCGGUAGUCUCGAUACGGUUUUACCACCGAAGCCAGCCUGGUGAGGAAGGGAAGAGUGCGGUGAAUCUUGCACAAGUCCGCCUCACUACAAACUGAUGAACGCGCCUUUAAUCGACGAUGCGUCCUCACCGUGGCGCCCGCAAGGAACGUCGUCGCUUGCGAAUUUUGAACUGUCCAUCUAGAGAAACAGUGCCGAUUGUUAAAAAAACGGCAACGAUCAGGUGAAUGACCCCAAACACACACGACCAGCCAAAUGUGCCUGUCUUACGGGAUAGGUGGUAAUAGGGGUUUUACGGGCGGGACCUAUGUAUGCAUAGAGGAAUAGCAGAAUAAGUAUAGAUACUUGUUAAAUUCGGUUUUCGGGCAGAAAUGUUUUAAUGCAUUGACAUAUAGCAACCGAAAUUAAGCAGGACAAUCAAAAAAUAAACCUUUAGGAUAAGAUGUGGUUAUGUAGCCCCACCUGAUGGACACAAUACUGUUGGGGUUGGGGGUUAGAGUUGGGGUUAGAGGUUAGGAGUUAGGGCAACUAUUUCUUAACCACUUGAAGUAAAACCGCGCAUUCCCAAUAGCUUUUCUUUUGCAUAUAAUUACUUGACCUCGUCGCCUGUACGUUCCCUGGACCCACUUGUAAAAACCCCUAUUACCACCGGUUCCGUAUUAUAGGUGGCUGGGGUUUGUUUACUUCAGGUGGGGCUACAUAACCACAUCUGGCCACAUUAAGUGUCUACAACGACCGCUUCUCAACUCUCUGAGCUGAGGCUGUCUACAACAGCCGACCCAUCCUUGAACAAUGAAACACCAAACCGAAGUAAUCGUGUCGGACUAAAACCCAUUUAAAUAAAUAUGAUCGGAGUUUUUGUAUGCCACAUAUGUUUGGGAUCCCUCUCCCGAUCCUUACCAAAAAACAAUGGAAGAAACGCUUUUGCAUGAAUUUCAUCCAUUAUAAGUUCUGCUCAUGUUCGGUCGCCAGCAAACUUUUAGUCCCCAACAUCUUUAUCUCCUUUCAGAAUAUGGCCAAGAUGUGUGUGAGCACACGGCGUCUGGACGUGGGUUUGAUGUGUCUCGGAAAGAUGGGCAAUGCCUUCGGAGCCAUGAUGGUGAGGGAGAUGCAGAAGCGCGAACCCAACAUCACCGUUCAGACCGGUGAGCUGGCAUUGCAGCUGGGCAUGACGGUAUGCAUCACCCUCGACUCUGCUAGUUAUCUUUGCGUCUGUUUUUAGUAUUUUUUUGCGGCCUUUUGACGUCCGACCUUUUCAUCAAUUACAAAUGUUUGUGUAACGUAGCGUAUGUAAACUGAAUGGACCACUUUAGUCGUAAAUGACACGAAACCGCGUUCAGUACUCAAUCUAUGGUGUUCUUGGGCAUGAUCCUGUUUCACUGGUGUUCGGGAACAGGUUUUCCGUAGAGUUUGUCUUCCCCACGUCAACCACCACCGGCUGUUAGCGCCCGUUCGCCAAUUGUCGACGGGUUUUUCACCUGGAAAUCAACGCGUCCGCUUUUAGGCUAAACGGUAGCUGCUGGUUCGCAAGGUGUAUUGUGCGAAAUUGCAUUUGGGGGGUGGGGGUAGUGUUUUCCCUGGUUUAAUGCCUUAAUCGAUUAUCAUGUCCGGUAUAUGUUCGUUGAAUUUAGGGACAUGUUGAGCUCUCAUCGCGUAUGCCUAACUUGUAAGUUUGAAGUGAAAGCGGAAGUUUAGUUUAGUUUCUUGUCUCACUUACUACCUGAAUGAUGGUGGUAAUGGUGAUGGUAAUGUUGACUUUCUGACUUGGCGAGUUCAUUGUAACUUGCAACAGGCUUAUAUGGUUUUUAUAUUUGAUAACAGCUUCGGUUCGUUGCAUUUUAUAUAAUAAUUGUACAACCUCGUUAAACGAAAAUAUUGCUAACAGGAGAAUAAUAUUUUACACGUUUGCUAACGCUGUUCACGAUAUUCAAAACGGUUUUGGCGGUUGCCUAGGCCCGGUCCUUGUUUUUACGGAGAUACUUACUGGAGUAGCAUUGUAUUCCUUGACAGUUUGGGUGUCAUUAGUAAGUUUGUCUGGACUUCGGUGCACUCGUAUGUUUUCCCAGACAAGGUGAACCAAGAUAUUAUUAUAAUGCAAAUGUUGACUGUCUCUCUUUUCAUACAUGUGUACUGAAGGACGAAGCAGAACGCAUCUUUAUUGAGUGCGGGCGAUGGGAUCUGGUGGCUCGCCUUCAUCAAACCCUGGGACACUGGGAAGAGGCCGUUCAGAUUGCCGAGAAGCGAAACCGCGUGCGCCUUCGAAAUACGCAUUAUGCAUACGCCCAGGAGCUUCGAAAACAGGAUCGAAUCGAAGAUGCUAUCGCCCAGUAAGUUAAAUUCUCAGGCAAUCAGUCGUGAAACAAGAGAUCGUGUGGUAGUUUCCAAAGUCCUCUUGUUCCCUCAUUUCUGGGAGGACAACCGCAACUGUUUGCGAUUCUCAACAGCAGAUGAGUUCCUAUCACAUUUAUUCUAGUUCUUUUUUUGUCCCGGCAGACUACAACAAGCCCUGGCGAAGAUGGACCCUUUGACGAAGGAGUACUGAUUUAAAUAAAUUAACUGGAGGGCAACCAGAGUUUUUUCUUUUCUUCAGCUGUAUUUAGCAUAAUUGAUCUUCAGCUUAAUAACACGUGUUUUCAAUAAAAGAAAGCUCUACAUUCAAGUCCGUCUCUGAAUUCUCUCAUGAUUUUUAGUAGGCCCUGCAUUGGUCGACAAUCUAUCUCCGUAGAUUUUUUUCCCAUUUCCGACUACCUAGGUCAACUGUAGAUGAUAUAUUAAUAAAAUACUAGAAACGAUCAUUAGAAGGUUAGCUGCCCCCAUCAGUGUGAUGACAUCCAGAGGUCUCGAUCAGGACCUCGUAGCCCAGGUGACAGGAGCGUAGUCUGUCUUAAAUCCAUGCGCUUCCUGCCAUGGGUUCGACUCCCGCCGACUUGUAAUGCAACCUACUCCUCUUUUUCCUGAUACUGAUUAAAUGCACAAGCCUUUUCUUUUCGGACUGAAUUAAGUCUGACCCAGGCAUGGAAUUCCCCACUGUCUAAUCAUUUCAGUCAGUUAACGCUUGUCAUCUUUGGGCAUCUUCAAAUGUAGGAUUUAGUUCUCAGCGGGUAGCCAGCGUAUCCGAGGCUUUCUCCUACACGACUUAUUCGUUCACUUGCCAAUACGUCCAUCUGCAAAUGGUCGAGCGAUUAUCAAGUAAUUACUAAUCAAUCAAUCGUGACGAUAUCUCAGGCUCCUUCAAGGCUCCAGUUAGUUUACCUAUAGUGCCUUUCUGCAGGGCGCACAUGCUAUUGAAGCCUGUCAGCCAGUUUUGUGUGGUUGAAUCCCAAGUCUCAGUCAUCAAAAACAAAUCUAGCUUGCUUCAACAUACGAACCUCUAGUGCUUCGCAUUAUUUUAGCUACAUUAAGUCGAACACCCAUCUGGUCGAAGUGCCACGCAUGUUGAAGGACUCACCAGAUCAGCUGGAGGCUUUUGUGAAGGCUAAUCCCAACAAGUGAGUUUUCAGUAGCCAACUGCACAAGCAACCCCAGGCCUUCGUGUUUCUGCUAUUUUCAUCUGCUUUUUGCCUUGUUCAGGGAUCUGCAGCGGUGGUGGGCACAGACUCUGGAGGCGGAAGGUCUCCUGGAGGAGGCUGAGGUCUAUUACUCCCUCGCUAAUGAUUAUCUCUCCUUGGUGCGUGUGUUCUGUUGUCUGGGACGAGAGGACUCUGCCCUGGCCCUGUGCAAUGAGACCGGUGACAGGGCCGCCUGUUACCAUCUGGCGCGGCAGUUGGAGUCCAAGCAGAACAUUGACCACGCCAUUCACCUCUUCACCAGAGCACGUGCCUACUCCAGCGCCGUGCGACUAUGCAAGGUGACAUUAUUUUAGAAAACCGCAAACUAUAAUCGGCUAAGUUGUAUUCACACUUGCUAAGCUAGCAUAUUUUGGCAGCGUCAGUCUGAAGUAAGACAUUUUCAAGACGACUGGGAAUGGGCGCGAGCGCAGCGACUGAAAAAGUUAAACGCUCCCGUCUACACGUUCCACACACACGACCCGGCCCCCACAGCACGCGCCAGACUAUAAUAAGGACGAAUCGGGUCUCGUUAUGACGGAGCCGUUGCGGCCUAAUUCUCAUUCCUGAGGCUGCAUUAACCUGUCAGUUGGCAAUCUUACAAGAGACGACUUUUAGAGUUUUCUGACUAAUUUGGGCGGGUCACUAAUACGUUAUUAAUUCGCCUUGAUGAAAUACUCCCCAGUAUCGGCCUUACUUUCUUUCCCCUCCCAUAAAGCAAUUGACUGUCCAAGCCUGUCAAGUGGUUAACAAUAAGAAUAAAUUGAGUGGCUAAGAAGGCUGAAUUGUCCGUCUGCGUAUGUCGCAAACGACCCGAUUCGCAAUUCAUGAACCAGGCUAUACCGAAUGACAUGCUUCCCGCGUACGUUGGAUUUUCAUGUUCUUACAUGCGGCAUUUCGUCCACCGCGCCGCCAUGGUGGAUUUCACAGUACUUACGUUCAGGCAGAUCUUUUUCGAGUUUCCAAAUGAGAUCUCGCAAUGAGUUUUCGGUACUCCCGGUAAUCUGGACUUAGUCUUAGUGAUGUGUCAACAUGUUAUCAAGUUUUGAUGCCACACACGAUACGGAUCAGCCGCUGGUCUAAGAAUUUUCACCUCCACCAGUCUAAUGCCACAGAAUCUAAGCCUACGGACUGGUGCCAAGGCUGCAAAGCCUCUGCUGUUUAUUUGUAGGCGCUUCCAUCACCUCACCGAACAAACUCCUUGGAUUCCGUACAUUAUCUUUUGUGGCCACGCCUCGAACACUGCUCACUGACAUGGUCUCCAAACCUCGUGCCUGGCAUUGGGGAUUCUGGAGAAGGUUCAGAGCCGGGCAGACAAACCUGUUCGAUGUGUGGGUAAUCCGAGACCAGAGGAAGGCGGAAUUUAUGCAACCUGCCCCGGACACCCCGCAGGUCGCAACGCGUAGACCUUUCAUGCUCAGGAGAUUGCAUAUAAGCUAGUCAGUUGGAGCACCGUUUUCUUGGUCGUCGUGGGAGCAAUUUCCAGAUAGAUCGCAAAAGGAUGCGCAGUCGUCGUGUUCAACAGUCGGUUUACUCGCAGCAUGUUCUGAACCCUGGGGUGCGACAUUUAGUGAAGUCGUCCUGGCUACUGCAUUCAAAGUGUUUGAGAAAAGUAAUGGUUCCUUGUUCCUAGUCCACGAUGCUGUAGGAUAACAUGGAGCUAGGUAUCGUUCAGCAUACAAGUGUGGUUUCAAAAUCCUCCCGCCUUCACGCACGCAAUUUCUUACCUUUUUAACAAAAUACAACAUGCGAGAUCAGUCUGUAGACUCCGUUUUGCUUGCUUAAUUGACUGUAGUUCAGCAAGUUUCUCUACAAAUAUGGAUGUAGGACGUUUAAAUUUAAAUUUCACAUAAGCAGGCGAAACGAAUAUUAGACGUUAAGGGGAAAACGUUUAAAUCGCAAACAAGUUUGUAAUUAAUGAGAAUCGCUUAGUGGCUAUCCUUAAUAAAAGGUACCUGAAACGAAAUUUCACGUUUGCAGGCGGAGGUGAGGGCAGGACCACACUUCUUCUUGGUGCAAACGGAUUAACAGUACACAAUAUAUGAUUUUAUCAGCAAAAUGUAAAUGAAACAUGCAGGAAGUAAUAACAAAGCAAGGUAGCUGCUACCGAAAACAGCUCCCCCUGCAGGCCAUUAGGUGCUUUGUACGACCGACAUAUCACUCUCAUACGUCCAGUACCUUUUUCUGUCUCUGCAACUUCAAUUUUCCACCAAAAAUAAGAAAUCCAUGUCUCUUAUCUAUAUCAGACCUCAUCGCAUACAUCGGAAUUAUUGUGCCCGUGCAACCCACUGGCCAUGCCAGGCAAAGUAACCUCUCCACUCAGCAUUCUGCACUUCAGACAAGCAGAACCAAACUAUGGUUGCAUAUCAAAACUUAAAAUGACCUCCUGGACCAGACCUAUGAUGGAUAUUUAACUGGUUGGGUAAAUUUGAUGUCAGCAGGGCAGAAUAUGACAAUGCCCAUAGGUUCCACUCAACCGAUGGACCAAAGAACUUCGAGAAAGGGAAGAGAGAUCAGUUACAGGCAUUUUCGACAACUGGAGAUCAAAAAGCAACAAUUGGGUAGGAAACUGCGAGGCAAGAAACCGAUAAACCUAAGACAGGCUUCUAUUUUCCAAUCAGACGUACGUGUGUCGCUAAUUCGUCUUUUCUACCGUUUCCUUCUAUAGACUCUCCUAAUGCUCUCUCUUAACCCUUUUACCUUCGUAAUACCACGGACUAUGCGACAGCUUGCGUCAGAAGGCUUCGUAGUCGACACUUCCGGUGACUCUGCCGUGAAUACCUGUGAAAUGUGUAUGCACUCCGUUCGAGUCUUGGUGCUGUUACAACACAAACUUGAGUGUUCGUGUAUUUGUAUCUUAAUAAAACAAAGGGGCUACGUGGUAAAUGCGCUUGGCCAACACGGAUGCCAUAUGGGAUCUUGGCAGGCGUUAUCGGAUUGCACACCACAACAAAUGUCAACAUUUCGGGGUGCGGUGGCAGGCCCGGUUGCCGGAAGACGUCGCACAGACUGAGACCCCUGUCGCCCCCCAUUGUUAUUGUUGGUCAAAAUCCUGGUCAUUUGCUGUGUGGACCAGGGAGUGUGCAGUGGAGCACCUGAGCCCUCUCCCGCCUCCGGUCUUCUUGACUCUGUCUUGAAACCGGGUCCAGAUGGGGGAGGGGGAGAGAGGGAGGCAGAUACUUUGAAAGUCUGCAUUCACUAUAAACUAAACCACGCACAAGCCACCGUCCCUGUUUCACCUUGUUGUGGCGCAUGGGACAUCGUUUGCAACGACGAUCGAACUAUUACAACAACUUAACUUGCUUACUGAUUUAAAUUAAAUAGCGAGAUAAUUCUCGUGUGUGUUUCAUCCCCGUUAGUUAAGCAGGGCUUGAUUAAUUUUAGGAGCACAAUAGGAACGAGCAUCUGUUCAGUCUGGCGCAAUUAGGCACACCAGAGGACAUGUUAGAGGCCGCACGUCAUUUGGAGAAGUUGCCGGGAUACGAAGAGAAGACAAUAAUUCUUUACCAGAGAGCAGGCCAACUGAACACGGCAAUUGAACUUGCCUUUAAGACACGACAGUACGCAGCCCUCUCACAAAUAACCUGCGGUGUUGAUCGUGCCAUCGAUCCUUCUCUUCUUUCCAAGUGUGCAAACUUCUUCAUGCAGAACAGUCAGUUUGAGAAGGCAGUUGAACUGCUGGCGUCUGGUAAACAGGUAAUUUGUAAGCUUUUUCUCUACGCACAUUCUCUCGUACUAUUUCUUGAUUUACUGCUUGUUAUUUGCCUCAUCUGUUUAAUUUGGCGUUUAAAUGUGAACCGUCAGAUGUUCAUCUUUCUGCAUCCUCUUUCAUGUAGUCACUCCACUAAGCCGUUAUCAGGUUUGGUUGUUCAGUUGAUAAGGUUUCUCUGAUUAUUUUCAGUAUCAAACCAUCUUCAUUUACAUCCGAUAAGACAGGAAAAGUGCGAACGGUUAAUCUCUCUCCCAAGAAGGGUACGAUACCUGGGACGCCUUUUUGGCACUUUUUAUGGUUCUUCCUAUCAAACAUGCCGUUGUUGCUUGCCUUUAGUUUAUAAUACCUAUGAUAACUGUAACAAUCAGUAGUGUUACUUACUAUGUAGAGUGACGUUCACCGAUCGGGCUAAGGGUCACGCUGGUCCCGUUGUGUCUUAGGGCUCAAUUUGGAGUUCUCGCAGGCAGUCGCAUGGUGCCGAUAACGGAAUGCUGACAGAGGUUGGGUGUGACUGGCCGAUGACGACUGACAUGACAGAAAUGGCCAUCCCGGCCUCCCCAGUGUUUGUCGGCAUUCCGCUAUCAGUCCUGUUACCUGCAACUGUUUUUUUAGAGUCUUAUCACACGAUACCUUAACACUUAGGUGUUCGUAUCGAUCUGAUCGAUAUCACGGAGCAAGCUAAUUUCGCUUGCUCUUGGUUUUCAAUAGUAAACAGGCGGUCACCUAUCAUUUCGCAAAAAGACAAAAUAAACGAUAUCGUGAGUGGAGCUAAAAGGGCAGCGACUAUUUUGCACCUCGUCAGUAGGCAAGGAUCAUGACAAAAACCCGCAAUUGACCAAAAGCUGAUGAAAAGUCAACUGGCAAACAUAUGUUUUUGUAAUUCAUAAUCAGGCCACUACAACUACAUUGAAAAUGAACUUUUGAGUUAUGGACAGGCUUUAUGUAUCUCGGGGUAAUGGUUAAUCAAAUUCGUCGUUCUCACAACUAACCAUCAGUCCCGAAACACAAACCCUGGCCGUAGCUCAUAAUUUCAUUCGCCGUGUAACUUUAGUGUCCUGAUGAUGAAUGAUCGAAGACGUAUGUUUGCCAACUGACUUUUCAGUCGUAACAUAGAAAUUUCCGCAGAGCUUAAAAACUGGUGAGUACGCAUAUACAGCACACACACCGUCACGGGGGAUCUCAAAUCAAUCGGCUCACAGAAACGAAAGGCCGAGGCUAGAUCAGCGUCGAACCUGAUCGACUAUUUAUUUGCCCUAGCUCUGCUAAUCCCUUUGCGCGAUCCCAUUUGGAAAUGAUCGGCUGAAAAUGGCAUGAUAAAAGUGAAACAGUAGCUGCUUCGUCACCUCCCUUGCCCUUCCGUCGGCCGUAUAGUAACUUGGACCACCGAAGACUCGUCCAUUGUUUAACAUGAAAACGGCGAACACUUUCGAAAAGCUUUGUUCCAAUUGCCAGCUAAUUUAGGGAAGAUUUCAUUGACUUUUGUGAGAUAGUAGAGCCAUAUGACAGCUCCACUAAUUUCACUUAACAGUCAAUAAAAGCACUCUUUAUACAUGGGCCCAAUAUUACAUAUAUUUCUUUCUUCUCGCCGAUCUGCCACCUCGAAAAGCGCAUCGUGCGCAUGCUUCGUAUGUACUGGAAGAUGGGUAUCCCAAGAAGCAUAAUUCUAAAAAGAAUGAGUCCUUUGGGAAAUUUAACAAACUUUAUUUCGUAAAUUUUCGAGUCUGGUUCUCCAGCUCGUCGUCAGACGCGUAGUAAGUGUGAAGAAACAGUCAAAAUUUAAACAUGCCCAAAAAAUCGACAUUGCUUUGUCAUGGCUGAGGAUGGGUCAAUGCCGUGGGCUGAGGUCACGUCUUGAUUGGCUAUUACCUUUUCCAUUUUUCCUUGAGAUUUUUGUACAUGGCGUCAGGAUCGAUGUGUCGAUUGAUGCAUGAAUCAUCGGCCUUUCUUAUGUGGGCAGGAACGGACAAUGCGUGUUUUACCCCAAGCGAAUGUGUGCCCAGUUUCAAGAGUAUGCAUGGCGACUUGGAAUAAGUGGUCCUGUCUCUUCAUUCGUUCAAAUUCUGCUUAACCCAAUUUUAACUUCCCUCCCAAGUUCAACGGUGUGCCAAUGGAUUUUCUCAUCCCUUACAGUACCUAGAAGCAAUCAAGCUGUGCGGCGAUUACGGUGUUAACCUAACCGAGGAGCUUGUCGAGAAGUUGACCCCGCCAUCCGACCUGCCCUCAGAGGAGCGUGUGGAAAUCCUGACCCAACUUGGCUACCAGUGCGUCACUCAGAAUCAGUAUCAUCUGGCAUGUAAGAAGUUCACGCAAGCUGGCGAUCAUGUGGCGGGCAUGAAGGCACUACUGCGCUCUGGUGAUACGGAAAAGAUCAUAUUUUUCGCGAAUGUCAGUAAAAAACGGGACAUCUAUCUGAUGGCUGCCAACUACCUACAGACCUUGGAUGUUUGGCGUACUGACACGGAGAUUGUCCGCACUAUCGUGCUCUUCUACACACGAGCGAAGGCCCUGGAGUCUUUGGCCUCCUUCUACGAAGCUUGCGCUCAGGUGAGCAUAUUAGUUCUCCCACCGCAAGUGUUUUAACUCCUGUGUUGGAUAUGUUUCAAAGGCCUUUGGAAAGCUUGUAAGCACUAAAUUAAGACAGCAGAAUUCCCGCUAGGUUCUAAAGUCCGGGGAGACGUCAAUGAUCAUUUGAAUCCAAACUUCAGGUGGACGCCAGAGAGUAGGACACGAAUUUAAACUAUCAUCCAGGUUAUAGCCUCACAGUUGAUUCAGGGGCUCCUGUCACUUCCACAUCCACCUUAAGUCCAGCCCUAAUUCCCAAAACCAAGAAUGCAAUCUGAGGGAGACGGUCAUUACCCAUUACGACAGUUGAAUUAUAAUUACCGUUCGGCAACAUUCCGAUCUUUAAAGGGAAGUAAGAUAUGUCUGAGCAGCGACCAGUUCAAAAAAUGUCCAAAGUGAUUUCAGACAGUAAAAUUGGCAGGCCGAGUCCGGUAGACAUUCAUAGAUCAAUACAGUGGUUCCCGCCCGCGGAAGUGAACACCUACUUGUUAACUUUGACGGCAUGACCUUUCGAAAGUAAUCCAAUUACAGUGCGUGACCGAUCUCACGAAAUGUUGGCCGAAAUUCUAAAAUGCGUUUUUAAUCAGGAAGGAUUACUUAGGUGGGGUUGUAAUAAUGAUAAGUAUGCAGCAUAAACUUAUAGCACUUCGGGCUCAACAGGAUGUCGGCUUUUGGAUGCACUUCUUUUUUAACCUCCUGCAGAAACCGCACUUUGUAAAAAAUGAAUACUUAAAUAGCAUGCAUUUUUCCAAUUGAUUUUCGAUGGUCUUGUAAAUUCAAAUAUAUUGCAUAAAAACAUGCACAGAAAUAUGCUUUCUUUUACUCUUUUGGUAGAAAAUCACAUUGUCUUGAUGUUUUAUGUCCGAAGAAAUGGUAUAAUUAGGUUUCAAAAACGUUUUCCAAUUCCCGAUUAAUUUUCAGCCUGACCUUCUAUUGCAUUAGCGUUUGACGAUUUCAGUCUACAAGGUGCACGCUUUCCGCGUAAGGAAAAUCAUAUAUUCCUCUGUGCCUUUAAAAAGUUACCACAUAGAGUUCCUAAAAUUUCGCAAUGGAUCCGGGCUGUGUUGUGCAUUUCAUUAGGAGCAUUGGUAAACGGACAUGUGCAGUCCUGCAUGUAUGCACAUCGCACGGUCUUGAAAAUCUCAUAAUUAGAGACUUUUUAAAAACCCAAAUGAUAAUCCUUUUGAAGCCCUUAGAAUAUUUGCUUGCAAAAGUUGAAUGUGCGAAGCGACGCAAACGACUAUAACGGAAUCACGUGACAGCUCGGCCACUGCAAACGGCAAUGUCCAACGUGUACUCCUGGCAGGGUGGACGAAGGGACAGUGACCUGGGCGUGAAUCAGUUAAUGAUGAUAGUAGACUUGCGUAGUACCCAUCCUACCCUCUCCUCCCCCACCCACCUGAACUUGGUGUUACGAGAGAGAGAGUCAAUAAGACCGGAGGCAAGGUAGGUAGCUGUGGCUAAACAGUUUGUUUGCGUGCGCCACGCACGACCUUAUCCGCUCACACUUGACCAGGCUUUCACAGGAUCAGGAAAAGGGACCGUUCGUAUUUAACCUGAGUGGGAGUGCCAUACAGGCCACAUUAAGAGCAGGUCAGUGCAGCCUGAAUCUCCGUCCUGCGAAGAUCGAGUUGUCCUCUCAGGUGGCAGCCUUGAAAGCCACGGCCUUUAUUACACGCUGAUACUUCAGAAGCGCAUCCACUUGUUUUAUCUGAGGGAUAAGCAAAAAGUGACAUGGGGACGGAGUGUCCUGAGUCGACCUCAAUCUCCAUUCCCUCUCCCGGGCAGUAGUCCACCGUCUGAGCGAUCUGGUGCUGGGAUUGGGCACAGAAACAUGUACCAAACUGUGCACGCGCACAGCCAGCGACGAUAAUCGAAAAGGUAUUAACGGCCCCUUGCGUCUUCGCAUAGUUGAAAAUUUACGUCUUUUUCUACUCCAGUGCUGAUACUGCGUUUUGUAACCAUACCCUUUAGGUCGUGGUGUCAUGUCGUCAGGUGAAAGAAGCAGAAUAUUCAUCAAGCAUUAAUAUGGUAGGGGGCGCUCACCGAUCGUUCUUACGGAACUCAAUCGUUCGGUUGUGCCUUAUGGACUCUCUCUUGAGCCCAACCAGCAGCCGCACAGCGGCGCAUGAUAUAGGCAGAAUGACAUUACCGACAAAGACAAGAGAGACUGGAAUGGCCAUUUCUGUUAUUUGUUAUUUGAGAAAAAAGUAGCGCUUUGUGGGCCUACGGAGAGGGCCAACUUCACCCAAUAGCUAGCCUCUCGGGCACAUGAAUUCAUGUCAAUUUUUUUGUCACGCCAGGUGGAAAUUGAAGACUGUCAGAAUUACGAAAAAGCUAUGGGCGCUUUGACGGAAGCCUACAAGGCGCUUUCCAAGGCUGCAGCAAUGUCGGCUGACACUGUGAACAUGAACAUCGACAGUCGUUUACAGCAGCGGCUUCUCAACGUGAAAAUGAAGAUUAUGCUUUGCAAACAAUUUGUAGAGACUCAAAUGUAAGUACGCCUUUCGUUCUCAUUUCGUUUUUUCGUUCGCUCAACAAACUGUCAGACGUAGACUGGUUCACACUCUGACGCAUCUAUCGCCAUGUAUGUCCCAUUUGUAAAACACCAAAAUUUCCAUGUAAGACAAAGUUCCUCUUUGCCAAAUCUAGCCUCCGUCGUCAUAAUUCCUUAAGACUUUAACCUGCAGGCGUGUCAUCCUAAUGCUUGUACGGCGAUUGCUAUAACUCGUUGAGAGCUUUACCCACACAUAAUACCCUACUCAAAUGUAUUAAGUAGUUGGUAUAUAUUCCAAUUUAAUCGUUUCCCACGAAAAGACUGAAAAAGCCCAGAAGAAUCGGUGACAAUCGGCGUCCGCACAUUAUGCAAAUAAUGAUUUUGAUGGACAAAAGGAAUUUUUACUAAAAAUGUCUUGUACCAUGCCUUGAGUCAUUGGUUUGAUGAGAAGUUUUUUCACUUCAACUAAGCGCCGUGUCAUAAUUUACUCAGCAAACGUAUAUUUCACCUAAAGAAACCACUGUGGUCCGAUUUCACCAGAAAACUACCAAAUUUUCUGAACUUGUGAGUGGAUAUGCAGGUGCAGGUCUGCCGCCUCCGUUUAGCCGACAUAAAUCCAGAAAUGCUAAUGACAACUUCGUUCUUUCUAUAAAAAUGCAGGAUGUUUGAAGAUGAUCCGGUGGAGGCGUUGAGCCGGUGUCAAGCCCUUCUGGAAGAGCCGGAUACAGCAAAAAUAAUACGGCCGGGCGAUAUAUAUGCAACCAUGAUACGCGAGCUCGUAGCCAAGGAGAAAUUUCAAGCAGUAAGCCCCACCAUAUACUUCAGUCCUAACUUGUCUUUUGACUAAGCGCAGCGUCGAUAUCUUAUGACCAAGGAUCUGUCAACUGGGUAUUGACACCCUCCAAGUCGAUAGCCCACCAUUUCCCCCCAGCCACUGCUCAGUCGUCCUUAAAAGGUUAAUGAACAAACGUAUUAAAGAACUUCGUUAUAAAAUCCAAGGUUUCUGAUGGUCCGUAUCGGUGAUACUUCGAACACAUUUUCACUGUCUCUGCGGGUCCACAGGUGACGUUUUUUGCCAGUUAAGAAAGGCUCAAAUGGAAAGGCUAUUUGUGUUAGCAAGUAAAUAUAAGGCCAGUAAAGGCAGACAACAUGCCUACUUGUUCACAGAACUCGUGGCCGUGAACGUUAAAAAGCAAGGGGUUUAGACUGAUGGAAAUGUUAACUCAAAUUAUAAGACAUGGUCUCGACUAGAAAUGACUACUUAAGUAAGACUGUGGUAUUUAUUAUCAAGCAACGUAGUCCCACGAUAUUUCAGCCACUUCAGGAUGCUGGCCUUGGAACGAUCUCCUUUUCGGCCGCCCGCAAAAUGACUACUUAAGGGGUAUGCAUUUUUCUCACGGAUUGUUGACGCCCUUAUAAAUCCCAAAAUAUUCUACGCAAAAUAUGCAGAAAAUAUUCUUUCCUGUAUUCAUUUGGUGGCAAGUUACAUCUUCAAAUUCUAUAAUUGAAGGAAGACCAUACCCCGGUUUUAAAACUGCCUCAAUUCUCCAGUAGGUUUGGACCAAAUUUGCCGUUACACUUGCCUUCAGGGUUUCCAAACCGCAUGUAGUAUGCAUUUCGUCAAGGAAAAAUUAAACGUUUCUAUAUGCUAUUAGGGAGACUCCACAUAGGAGUCAUAAACUUGUGCAGUGCAUCUGAAGCAGAUUAUAUGAUUUAUAAGCGACACUAAAAAACAUGCUAAUGCGAUGCUGUACGCGUGGACAUUUCACGAUCUUAAUGGAACCCAUAAUUACAUAUUCUUUUUAAAACCGAAAGAUACUCUCAUUUCAAGCAUAAAUUUGAGAUAGAGUCAAGUUUCUACCAAAUGAACACAAGAAAGAAUGCUUCUGUUUGUUUUCUGUAGAAUAUAAUUGAAUUAUAAGGACCUAAGCAAGCAGUGGGGGAAAUUCACAUUACUCUAGUCAUUCUUACAGGGCGUAUUUUCUGCAGACGGCCGAAAAGAAACUCAUUCGGAGGCCGGCACCCUGAUCUGUAACUAAUAUUACAACCCUACUUAAGUAGUCCUGCCGAGCCAAAAGCACAUUUCAGAAGUUCGGUUAACAUUUCGUGAGAGAGCACAUCUGCCGGCCGGAAACCCCGAGUAUUGACUAACAGAAAAGCCCGGUAGUGUUUGCGCAGCUCGAAUUCUAAUAGCCAUCUUAUAGUAUGAUAUUUUCCAACUAUUUGGACGGAGCCUUACCUAGAGUCCACAAAUCACACAAUAGAAAAAGUCUUGCAUAUCUUGUUGAAGCACCCGCGACUUACGAAUGACUUUGAAUAUCCUCGGAGAAAUAGUAACAUUCCUCGCUGAGCACCCCUUCAUAGCAUAUGGUACUCCUGUAAAUUUGCAAAAAACGAUACACGGUGGGUAUGACAGGAGCUGGGGGAUCGCUCAUACAGGGCACGACCUAAGCGUGCCAUUCACUGCCAUAUCCAGUUGAGAUCAAGGACUCCACCCAACCCUGUUUGGCGGUGUAUAUAGCCUUUCUCGUAUCGUUUGUUUUUAUGGCAACUCGAGCCCUUUUAGUCGCAAUUGGUUCGAGUAUACGAGGCUCGUCGCGGAUGCAGGCGUUACGCCUAUGUGGGAGGCAGCCGACCUAUGAAGACCAUGCGGGUCCUACGAACGCACAGAGCACCGCUUGUAAAACGCACCUCAACCUUGCCAAAGCUCCGGUCAUGACAACUACUGUGACCGUCUCUGUUAGCACGCAACCGCUCCUGCCCUGAUGCGAAGGCCGGCCCGUCUACACUCACGAGCCCAUCCUUAGCUAUGAAAGCAUCCAAGGCAUUCAUCAGCCCUUGAGCGUCUUAGAAAUUCUGUCUAGGACCGACUGAAUGCCUGUCUCACUACAGAGAGGACAGCGCUAUUUGUGGUAUUCACGUCAAGCAGUCCUUUUGUCCAGAAAGGAUUAUACCUGAGCCUGCUGAGAGCCGAGAGAUUCUAUGGGAGCUCGCAUGGGACAAAAAAAACAAGUACAAAAUGUCCUGCUCCCACACCGGCUUCUGUCAUUCGUAAUACUAACAGACACAUCGCGGACUAUCAGGAAGUCUGCGGAGUCGGAAACUUGGGGAAAUGAAUGGAAAUGGUGGAUGAACAGACGUGCCACAUGCUGCUCUGACAUCAUGACUGAUGGCGUCCCUAGCGACGUAUUUUGACUCCCAGAUUUCUCAGCAGUGAAGCCGAAUUGAGUGAGAUGUGACAUUUAGUCCAUUCUAAUCACGACUGUCCUGCCAACCGGAUUCCCCCUGGGGAAAAUAGAUUGAAUAAGUGUGCUGAGGCCAACGCGUGUGCACCGACCGCAGGACCUCUCGGCGAAUUAGCAAGUUUGUCAGCAUUUGUCAGGAUAGCUUAAUUGUCCUUACGCUCACUUUAAAACCAAACAAGGAGAAAACUAGUUAAGUACGGCAUUUGCAUCGCCUUAAAAAAAGUCACAGAAUAUCUCCAACAGAGCUCUUCGAACGGCUUAGUAUAACAGCCAGAUAAAGACAAAAUCCGACUUCGAUACGACGCAUGUGUGCGAAAGUCCCUUACUUCCUCACGUUUUUUCCUCUAAACAGGCAUACGCCUGCAUGCAAGACAUGAAAGAACGACUCAGAGGAAAAGCAGAUUUGACAAUGUACCUGGACAGAGCAACACAAUUGAGCAUCCUCAGAGCCCUGGAUAUGCCCAUAACCAGUCAUGAAGUGAACAAACCGACAAGUCAAGAGGGAACCACAUCUGACGCCGAUUCCGUAGAGGAGAAUGUGGUCGAUCUUGGUAUUACAGGAAGCGAUGAGGACUGA